AGGAAUAAAACAGCGUGCGAAUGACGCGCCAUUGCCCAUACCGUAGCGUAUAUAAAGCACCAUCACCCCGCGAAUCCUAUCCGUCUCAAUUUUCCUUACGCAAUGGGGAGAAGACCAGCGAGGUGUUACAGGCAAAUCAAGAACAAGCCAUAUCCAAAAUCGCGAUUCUGCAGGGGUGUGCCUGACCCUAAGAUCCGAAUCUAUGACGUCGGAAUGAAGAAGAAGGGUGCGGAUGAGUUUCCGUUCUGCGUGCACCUUGUUUCAUGGGAGAAGGAGAAUGUUUCCAGUGAGGCACUUGAGGCUGCUCGCAUUGCUUGCAACAAGUACAUGUCCAAAUUCGCAGGCAAAGACGCUUUCCAUUUGCGUGUUAGGGUUCAUCCUUUCCAUGUUCUCCGUAUCAACAAGAUGCUCUCCUGCGCCGGCGCCGACAGGCUCCAGACUGGCAUGAGGGGCGCCUUUGGCAAGCCGCAGGGCACUUGCGCUAGGGUCAACAUUGGCCAGGUGCUUCUCUCGGUUCGCACCAAGGAUAACCAUGGUCAUCAUGCUCAGGAGGCUCUGCGACGCGCCAAGUUCAAGUUCCCCGGCCGCCAGUCCAACUGGAAGAACAUGGGGUUUCUAUUUUUCAGUGUGUAUGCUCAUUUUUUACCCUUUGUAUUUAUUGGAAAUGCUUGCUUGCUUAGUAAUUCUUUUCCAAUUUUCAGGGGAUUUACAAAGUUCAACCGAACAGAGUAUUUGAAGUUAAAGUCUGAGAACAGAAUUGUGCCUGAUGGUGUCAAUGCCAAGGUUCGUUUCCACCCUGAUAAAUUAUAAACUACAAAAAUAUUA